GCUUCUCCGGAGCUCAGACACAAUGAACCGUCAGACACAGAGGGGCACGCAUGUGGGGCAGGAGACACUGGCACACUUUUAGCGCAUAAAUAUCAUCAUUUGUGCCUUUUAUUUGGUUUUCUUGACGUUUUCCUGGCUCCGGGUCCACUGUAUGGGGGUAAGCAGACUGAAGUGGGAACGGUUGGUUGGUUGAGUUUGAUGAAAACGGGCUCGAGCUCAGUCUGCCGUUAGCCCCUCCUGCGGAUCCUCUCCUGCUUUUUUUCUCGACUAAAGCCGAACAGAGAACCAUGUCGUUGACCGCCUCCUCCGAUUAUUUCGCCGCCGAGUGUUUGGUGUCGAUAUCCAGUGGUCCCGUACUGCACAGACCCACGCCGGUGGCCCCCGCCGGCCAGUCCGCCAUGGUGGGCCUUCUCCCCGGGGAGCCGGAUGGGUCGAGCGAGGACAGGGAAGUGCGCGAGACUCUGAGGCUGGAGGGGGCCAACAUGAUGGCGGUGGCCGGGAUCCUCACCGACCUGCACGGCAAGUUCCGCCCCAUGUCGGCCUACUCGGAAAGCAGCAAUUCCUCGUGUGGUGGGGAGAGCGGUUACACCACGUUGUCCGACCCGACCACCCCUACCAUGACCCCCUCCGCCACCCCGAUCCCCGGACAGCAGCAGCAGCCGAGGGGGGUGGGAGGAGGCGGCGGCGUGGGGGCCCCCCGGUCCCCGGUGAAGCGACAUCAGUGCACUUUUGACGGAUGCGACAGAGUUUAUGGGAAAUCGUCCCACCUGAAGGCACACAUCCGGACACACACAGGUGAAAGGCCAUUCCCGUGCACUUGGCCUGACUGUGAGAAGAAGUUUGCCCGCUCUGAUGAGCUGGCGCGCCACACCCGUACCCACACCGGAGAGAAGCGCUUCCUGUGCCCUCUGUGUGACAAGCGUUUCAUGCGCAGCGACCACCUAAUCAAGCACGCCCGCCGUCAUCCCGACUUCCAGCCCUCCAUGUUGGGACGCAACAAGGGCUCCACGUCCUCCUCCCCCUACUCCGGCUCCGCUGCCCAGCACUAGGACAGCUCCAGUCGGGAGAUGUGUUUUUGUGUACUGGGGCCGGCAGGAGCACAGAUAGUUAUCGCGGUUUCAAGUUAACCAGCUACAAUCAGAUCCACUUUUUAGGAUUUAGCCUUGCGGUGUUGUAGUCAAAAAUGUGCACAUAGAAACACAUACACAAACCAACACACUCAGCUGGAUGUGGGCUUCAUCUCUGUACAGAUGAUUCAUGUGACCACUAUAAUCAACACACCAAGGGUUGGUUAUUGGAAUCUGUUCCUAAUAUGCACGAACUGCAGAUGACCUUAGAAAAGUGCUUUUAGAUUCCACUUAUCACUUCCUGAAAGCUUGGACCAACUGCAUUUUCAUUCUAGUUAUUUAAACAUGUAGUUUUAAUACCAAUGUGAUAAACUGGAACUAGUGGCUAAAAUUGUGGCAUUUCUUAAGGAAAAAAGACAUUGAUGCAGUGAAAUGGAAACACUGCACAAAAAAUAAUGGGAAAUUGUGGUGUCAAUUGAUGCAACUUUGUGACAGUGUUUGAAAAUUAAACAGUGAAACUUAGUAAAGAUGAAAUAACUAAAUUCCACUGUUUUUGAUCAAUCUGCUCAUUUUAUAUCUUAAAAAUCCAGAUCAUAUCAAUGCAAAUCUACAAGAUGAAUCAUGGCGGUUGUACCUGCUGACGUACAACAAAAUACAACAAUACUAAUCUCUCAAAACAGCUUUUUCUUUUUUCUUUCUUUUUUUUUUUUAACUUUGUAACCAAAAAGAAAUCACAGAAUACCUCAUCAAUCAUGUUUAUGGCAGGUUAAAUGUACUAAACUAAAAAUGACUUUUUGUUUUGUAUUUUCUUUUAAUUCCAUGUCAGGAUUUGAUAAGAAAUGGAAUCAUUAAGCAGAUUUCAAUAAAAUAAACCCAACCCUGAACAUAGCAAAACCUUUAUCUCCAGCAGAAACACUUUCACAAUUUGCAGGGAUUUAUCACAUUUUCUGUACAAAAAAAAAAAAUCUGCACAUCCAUCAUCAGCCAAAACCUCACUGUUUUCUUGUGGUUAAUUUGUAGUUUGUUGUUGUGCCCUUCAGUACCCUUUAUUUACCAUGAGUAGCACAAUUUUGUGAUGAUAGGUAGUGAGGCAGUGACUAGAAGCUUUUUAGCUUUUUUUUUUUUUUUUUUUUUUUUUUUUUUUUACUUUGCUGAUGUAUUAAGUUUUAGUGGUGACACAUUCCUUCAUUUUUUUAUUGCAGUAGUACUUAUUGGAGCAACUUUUGUCUAUUUUUCUUAUAUAACCAAUUUUAAGUAUAGAUCAAAUGUUACUUUUUGCCAGAAAAGUGGAUCAAACUUCACUGUAGAGCUGUUUGCGCGCCACCAUAAUUCUAGACCAGUUAUCAUCCUCACACAUAAUACACAGUAGUAUUGUGUGUAACACUGAUGCAAAUGUACAUAAGCUUUAAGCUUUUAAUGUAGAGAAAUCGUAAUGCUUCUAGCAGCAGAAUUAAUACACGUGAUGAAUAGUAGUCCUUAUAUUAGGGGUAACUGUAUACGCUUGAUAGGACGGCUUUGCCUGUGAGUGUGUAUGUUUUUGACUUUUAAGUUUUUGUUAGUGACAGAACUGGGAAUAGUGUGUAUGCGAUGGUAUCAAAAAUUUUCGUGGGAAAAGGUUUGAGUUGAGCUUGAUUUUUCAGCCUGCUGCCUUCAGUGUAAAAGCGUUCACCCCACUCAUCAGGUGCGUCUGCCAAACAGCAGCGCACGUAUCAGGAUCAGGUGAAUGCGUUAGGUGUUUCUUUACACAGUUUGAGUUUCAGCUGCACAGUCUUACAUGUAGCGUUCAUACAUAGUGUAUUGGCAGCGUUUUCUUCUCACAAAAAAAGAAAAAGGUUUAUCGUUACUACCAUUUAUGCGUGGAAAUAGAAAAUCCCCGUUCCUAUACCAGUUGACCUGUACGUUGCACCUGCAAAGAAAAGCGCAGGUGCAGAAAACUUUACUGAUGUCUGUGUUUCAUUUGAACAUGAAAUAGCCUUUUCUUCAUCAUAGAUGUUUGACUUGUUGAGGCACAAAACCAACAGGUGUAAUUGACAAUAUUAACAAUGGCUGCAUUCCAUUUAGAUGCAUCAGAAUAAUCUAACUUGUGAAACCUGUGCUUUUCCUGUUGUAACAAGACAAAGAAGUUGGCUGUUGAAAAUGGUCUGUUGAACAAAAUCAGGGCAGGACUUAAUGGAAUACAGCCAGUAUUAAUAUUAUUGGAUUUCUAAUAUUUACACUGCUGAAAAGUGUACCUUAAAGCAAACUGGUAUCUAAAUAUUUCUGUCCAUACUACUUUUUAAAAAAUUCCAUUAUCUGUAUUUUUAAAAAUUGGAGUAUUAGGUGAAAAAAACAAACUCAUAAGAGAAAAGAAUAGGUGUUGUAUUCUGAGACUAAAUUAAUACUUUUUGGAGGCAAAAGUCAUAAUAUUUCAAGAAUAUGUGUAAUUUGAUGUGAAAAUUUUAAUACAAAUGUGUGAAAUAAGGGACAGGGAAGAAAACCUAUUCAUGAAAUGCGAACAGCAGCUUUGUUUCUUCUCAUACUUCCAUUUGUCUUGAAAUAUUCUGACUUUCACAAAUAUUGGAUGCUUUUCCGUAGUUGUUGCCUCUACUUUCCCCCUCCAUCCAAAAACGAUCACAAAUUUAAAUCAAUCAAAGAAAUGCGAUCAAUGUCCAGGUCUGACUGUAAAGAGGUUGAGUUUGGUUUUUUUGUCUCGUGUUCCCACACUGUUUGUCCAGCUCAUGGACGUCUUCCUUAUCUCAGUGAACAACACUUCUUCAGGAAACUCAGAAAGCCUUAAACUAUGUCAUAACUACUCUGCACCAUGUUUACAGUUUGACCAGUGUGUAGGUAUAGCCGCCCUGCUGGGGGCUCCUGACAGAUACUCAUUAUGCAAUACAGCACUUUUUUCUUACAGGUGUAAUUGGCUAAAUGGUGUAAUGGCUUGCACUGUUACUGUGCUCUAGGAGCAAGCACUGUGGAACUUUGUGUUAAACCAAUGGUUUCUAAAACUGCCUUUUGUCAAAGUGCUUUAGAAAGCAUGAUCUAAGAACUGGGUUUUGGUUUUGAUUCUUUUUUCAGUCUUUGCUUACUCAUCAAUGCCAUCUUGUUGUUGUUGAAUUAGCUUACUAUUAGACAAUGUUUCAUCCACUCCUACACAGGACAGAUCGACUGCAAUCGUCUUUCCCAUUUAUGUCACUUCCAUCUUCACCUGCCAUUUAUCUGUUGGUCAGUUUUUCUUCACUGCGAUGGUUGGAAACUCGUACUCAUUUCUCUUGCGGAGCUUCAUUCUGUUGACAGUCGGUUGCUGCUGGCAGUAGCCUCGAACACAUGGACUGUUUUAUCACAGGAACACACACAACAUACUCAUUUUUUUCAGUUUUAAGCAGAAAUAUAUAAACUAUCUCUUCUCACAGUGAGUCUUUCCAGGUUUCAAAGCUAUAUUCUCACAAUAAGAACAUACCUCAGCGAUUUUUCUUUUCUUUUUUUUUUUUUUUUUUUUUUGCGGUGUCUUUACAAAAUCCAUCCAACCUGUCUUGUUCAGAAACUCCCAUAAAGCCAUUGAGCCUUGGAUUUCAGAAGUGAGUUUUUAUCAACUGUACCUAGAUGCUUUGUUAAUGUAUCCUUGUCCUUAUAUAUGCAACAUCACUACUACCUGUGUAGCAGCAGAAUUCCCUUUCCCUGCCUUCGUGUAGUCGUGUUACUAUUAAUAUUAUUGUGAAAGGGCAGCGGUAAAUGAAUCUACUGGAUAAAAUUUUCUUUACACAGCCUCUGUCGUUUCCAGCCCAAAAGAAAGACAGGUUUAUGUCUGACUGGAGCAGAGGCUGAAAAAAAAAGGGGUGUUGAAACAUAAAGCGAAAAUACCUGCAAGUUGUCAUUUCACUGCAGUUUUCAACUGUAAGAGCUCAGUCCAAAUUGAUUUGUUCAUAUCACUGAAUGUGGCUUUGAUGACAGAUGAGCAUUAUCCAUUUUGGAUUUAAGUUUUGCUGCACUGCCUCGCUGAG